GGCGGAAGACUGCGACAACUUCAAGUAGACGGGACUACCAAGUCACUACACCAACUGUGACCAACAGGAUUCCUACAUAUCCCAAAGCAUGCUGGCCCGUUCACUCUUCAAAGGACCAGCCGCGCGUCAACUGGCCCAGGUCAUCCGGCCAAGGACAUUCACCACCGCCCGUGUCGCCUUUUCAAAAAGUAUGUACACCCGCAUUCAGAGCACAUCGCUCUGUGUACAGCCUCGUUGAAUGCAUGCUGACAACAGACCUCACUGAAAUCAAGUCUUCCGAUGACCUGAUCACAGAGGGAGCCCCUCCCGGUGCUAUCCCCACCGACCUCGAACAGGCCACCGGUCUCGAACGUCUCGAGAUCCUCUCCAAGAUGGCCGGUGUCGAUGUCUUUGACAUGCAGCCCAUUAAAAUCACCAAGCUCGGUACAGUCAAGGAGCCAGUGAUGGUGGACUCGCUCGACACAUUCCGCUAUGUUGGUUGUACGGGCGAGCACGAGUCGCACGAGACACUCUGGGUGACGGUCGAGAAGGACAAGACAUCGCGUUGUCCCGAGUGCGGCAGUGUCUACAAGCUCAACUUUAUCGGUGACGAGCAUGCUCACGAUGGACACCACUAGAGAGUCAUGUAGAAUGUCC